UUCAAAAGCGUACGGAGGCCCAGGCCCAAACACUCACGAACUCCCUCCGCUUGGGCGAAGCGCGGCUGCUUGGCGCGGACGCCAUCGGAGCUCUCGAAGACGCCCACAUGACAAACCACGGAAGAUGAAAUUUCAAAGAAAUUCAAAUCCAUAGACUGCCACAGUCUAUUCGCAAGUUCAGCCAAUUCCCCUAGCGAUUAUGGCCGCUCCAUCCUCCGUUUCCAUGACCCUUAUUCUUUUUGUUUACUUCUCGUUUCUCCUUCUCGGCCAUGCCGCUCAUGACUCCGCCUUCAAGAGUAUUGACCUCGGGCACCCAGCUGAAGAUGUCUUUCCAUCUUCACUUUCUGGAGCCAGUGAUAUGCAAUGUGAUCGUGUUUGGAUUUCUGGUCUGUCAAGAUUAAAACUUGGAAGUUUUGCCAGUGCUUUUCGAGUCACUGCAGUUCCAUCUGUUGUUAUUCCUGAAAGACAACAUGCAAAAAUUCAGGUUUGUUUUCACUGGAACAAUUCACUUGGAUUGUGUCAGUGUGGAGAUGAUGAGUGGAAAACUUUUCAAAAGGGAUUAUGGAGCUCUACCAUGUCUCCGUAUGAAAUCAGAUAUGUUGACGUUAAAGUUCUUAAUGUCUCACCUCUAAGUGGUCCUGUCACAAUUGCGAUUGAAGAAGAGUUUCAACAGUGGCGUCUUCUGUGUCUAGCAUUGGGAUUUAUGUUGCUUCUUCUUGCUCCUGUUAUCAGCAGCUGGGUUCCUUUUUACUACAGUAGUUCGAUGGCCAUUGGAAUCUUCCUUGUUGUCUUGAUUAUUCUUUUUCAGGGAAUGAAGUUGUUGCCAACUGGAAGGAAGAAUGUCUUUUAUCUAGCUGUAUAUGGAUCGGUGCUUGGAGCAGGAUCCUAUCUUGCUCACCACUUUGCAAUGUUUGUAAAUUCGAUUCUUCUCAGUUUCGGACUGAAAGAAGAGAUGCAUAAUCCAGUUGCCAUCUUUUUACUUCUGGGGAUUGUUCUUUCUGGAGCUGCAUUGGGGUACUGGAUCGUCAGGAAGUUUGUGAUCUCAGAGGAUGGAGAUGUUGAUGGUGGUGUGGCCCAGUUUGUAAAAUGGGCAAUGCGGAUUAUUGGAGCCACAUCUAUCUUUCAGAGUUCUCCUGAUGCUCCUUUAGCACUUGGCGCCUUUGUUUGUUGUUGGGCGGCCUGCUAUCUUAUCUCAUCUCUGAAGCAGAGUUAUACAAUGAAUCGAUCAUAUUCUGAAUCUGGCGGCCCUUGGCAAAGGCAGAAUAAUCAAAUUAUUGGAAACCGGACUCGUCCUGAAUUCCUCAGCCGAUCAAGCCCUCAAGACAGGAGAUGGAGAGUUUCUGAUAGCCACAGACCAGGAUGGUCGAAUUCACCUGUUCAUGCAGGUUUAAUUUCACCAUCCUCUGGAAUGCAAAAUCAGGACUACUACUCAUCGUUCCACAAGACCCGCAAUCGAAAGAAGUUCACGAAGAAAGCGUGGGACGAUUUCACUAGAGAUUCAACCCGACACGCGUUGGCAGAGUGGGCAUCGUCCCCUGAAUUCACGGAUUGGAUCAUGGAGCACGCGGAUAGAAUUCAACUGCUCCCAAGUGAGAGUUCAGAUGAAACUGUUGACAGUGAAUCUCAUUCAACCAACGAGAAUGUUGUUGGUAGUGGCAGUAGGUUCAGCUUUCUAAACUGGUAUGACUAGGUAUCUGUAUCUGUAUCUGCUAACAUAGAUAAAGGAUAGGAUCUAGAUUAGGUUCUUUCGAAAUUUGAUUCGUUGGUUGAACUGGGCGAAUUUUCCGAACCCAAGUCUAACAGCUAGAGGUGUCUCAUAGAUGAGAAGUCGACUUAAUCCGACGCUCCAUCAGUAUGUGACUUGUAGCGUGUCUUGUCGAACAAUUUAUUUGUCUCGAGUUCUUUGAAUUGGACAUGACAUGCAAUUGAGUCGAUCCAAGAUGCAACCACAACUGAACGUGUUAUAUGAUUCGGGAUGAUCCAUGAUUCAGCGCAGUCUACAACUCUGGCUCGACGUGGGAAGGAGGCUCAUUCGACACCUCAACAUAACUGAUGAUAUUACAUUUUUUAGGCAUGGAGGUUGAAGUUACAUACAUUCCAAGUUGAGUUUCGUUACUGUCUGAAUAUAUGGCGACGGAUGAUGUGUCUCCUCUGAUGCCUUUAGGAUAGCUGUCAUUUUCAAGAUAUUCACAUUGUUAUCUUUGUUCCCUUUUAAUAUCUAUUGUUUAUAAUCUCAAGCAGAUUGUUUUGUUGAGACAUUUGAAAUUUUUAUGGGAAUGUAA